AUGGCAGCUUACUUGGAUGCAAACAAGAGGAAAACACCAUUGGUUAUAGAUGAUGAGGUGGUGGAGGUGGCAGCAAAUGGGGCUCCUGCAAAUGAGGCUGCUGCUGCGGUACAGCCUAGUUCAGGGACAGCAGCAAAAAAGAGGCAAGCAUCCUUACAAUUCAUGGCUGUUGGUAACAAGACUAAACCAGAGGGAAAGGCAAACAAAUGUGUAGUUGAGAUGCUUCGAAAAACACCAGAAGAGAUAGUAGAUGAGAGACUUUCAGGGUCUUAUCAGCCCACAAUUGUGUCCAGUACAAAAACCAAGGAAGAGAAGCAUUAUGUGGAUACACAAUGGAGGGGCCGCCACUUGAUUAACUUCCUUGUAAACAGCCCCGAGGGAACUUAUUUCUUGGAGUCCAUUGAUGCAUCAAGUGAAGUACAUGAUGCAUACAUGCUUGCUGGUUUGCUAGAGAAGAAGGUUGAGGAGAUUGGAAAAGACAAGGUUGUUCAAGUUGUCACAGAUAAUGGUGCUAACUUCAAGGACGCAGGCAAGAUUCUCAUGGACAGGAUUCCUACAAUAUUUUGGACCUCCAUGUGCUGCGCACUGCUUGGAUCUCAUAAACCUAUUACACGUGCAAGGCGUGUGACAACUUUCAUCUAUAGGCAUGGGAGGAUCCUUAGUGCCAUGAGGGAGAAAACAGGUGGGGUUGACCUUGUGAGGCCAGCAGCCACACGUUUUGCAAUGGCCUUUUUGACUUUGAAGAGCUUGUACAAGCACAAGGAUGCUUUGAAGUCUUUAAUGUUGAUUGGUGGUGUUCCUAUGGUGGCCGUGCUAUUGAACUACAAAGAUUUGCAAGGCGUGUGGUUAGUCUUUGUGCUUCCUCAUCUGGCUGUCCACACAAAGAAAAGGAACCGAUUGUUGCAUAAGAGGAUGAAUUCUAUUGUCUUUGUUUCCUACAACCGGAAGAUGAAAUCUAGGUUCCAAAAGUUACGCCAAAAGAAGGGAAAAAACUUUGAUCCUUUGGUUAUUGAGGACUUUGAUUGGAACAAUGAGUGGGCUGACUCAUUGCAUGUACCCCCUCAAGCUGUUGGAGCAUCUCAAUCACUUCAAGGCCGAAACUUUCCAAGAGCAGCCCACAAGCGUGCAAGAAAUUCUGCACCUACGGUGAAUGAAGAUGAGUUGGGUUCAGACAACGAAGAAAAUCCAGAUCCAUUUGAUGAUGCAGAUGUGACAGAUUGUGAGGAUGAUCCAAAUGAUGCCAAUGAAACUGGAGAAGACAAUGAGGCAGCCAACAUCCCUGGAGAGUUUGAUGAUGGCUAUUGA